AUGUGCUGGCAUUCAGGGUGUUGCGAAACUGAAGGGACAAAUGAAUGGCCGCGUCUUCUGCCGCUAGCACUGAGCAGCCAUACCACCGCUGAAACACGAGCUCCCCAGGCCGGUCAAAACAAAGCAUCGAUCCAUACAAAAUGCAUUGAGCACAGCCCUCUCUUCGGCCCACAUCCGCAACCCCAAGGCCGGCACGGUCCACGGCAGAAUCUCUCCAAGCCAUUCGUCAUCCGCCUCGUCGAAAAUCGACAGCCUUGCCACCAACAACCCCGAGAGAAACAGUUCAAGACGCUUCCGGCGGGCAUCGUGCCCCUCCCCGCCCCGCGUCUCAACUUUCCAGGUUCCCAAGCCAAUAACACCGCCUUCAUCGCCUCCGCCAGCCGUCGACGAGAUAAACAGCAGGUCCCCGACGCUCACAUCAAGAUUCUAGAACUUGAUCUCACCUCCGUCGCAUCCGUCAAGAACUACGAGCCCGUGGGUGUGGACGGGCGCGCGAGCGCGAUGGCGCAGGACGACGAGCUCGCGAGCCGGCUGCGGGAGUGGACCGCGAGGGAGCUGGAGGGGCAUUGUUGUUGA